AUGUCCGACGACCGAGAAACCAAGCCCUUCAAGUUUGUGACUGGUAAGCACUGAACUAUCUCCAACACCCCCCGCCGCCUCCCCGGAGAAGAUGGUCUGAUGCAUGCUAACUUUCUCUAGCUGGUAUACACCCCCUCCUCGCAGAUACACCGAUAUCAUAGUCCUAACCUCCGACUCGUCUUCUAGGCUUUGACGCCCGCUUCCCGAACCAAAACCAGACCAAGCAUUGCUGGCAAAACUAUGUCGAUUACCACAAGUGCAUUCUAGCAAAGGGGGAGGAUUUUGCGCCUUGCCGUCAAGUAGGUUGGAUCUCGAAUGGACGGGCAGACAGUUCUGAUCAGUUAUGGCGUAGUUCUUUUUGGCGUAUCGUUCCUUGUGCCCAAGCAAUUGGUGUGAGAGAUGGGAUGACCAGCGAGGUUCGUACAAUGAUACCGCAAAUAGACCCUUGGAUUGGAUUGGAUUGGAUUGGAUCCAGGCUUACAAUUCGGCAGAGAAAGGAACUUUCCCUACUCGUCUCGACCAGUAA